AUGUUCUUAAUUUCUGAGCUCACCGGAAUUUUUGAAUCGAUUUUCAGGUUUUGUAGAAGAUUUAAGCGAAAGAAAACACCAAUGGAUAAUCUGAAAAAAGUUCUAACAAAUCGUCCUGAACUUGCUGGAUGUCUUUAUAAGUACACGAAUGUAGUUAAAGGAUUUCAACUUAGAUUUUGUCGAGUUGAUGCUGAGAAUGGCAUUCUUACUUACUACUUAUGCGAAACUGGGGACGAACAUAUCACAGGCAACCCAAGAGGGCAAGUUCAUUUAAUGGGAGCAUUAAUAAAUCCUUCUGAUGAAGAUUCUAGGACCUUCACAAUAAACCCAGCAGCAGGAGAAACCAUAAAAUUGAAAGCUAAUAAUGCCAGGUCACGUCAAGAGUGGGUUGAUGGCUUACGAGCAGUAGUUGAAAAUCUAUCAACCCAAGAAAGAUCGUUUCUUCCACCUCGAGAACAUUUAGCAGCCUUUGAUUGUCUGAUAGCAUCCCGAAAGCAACUUCAAGAUACUGAAAUUUGCAAUGCCAAAUUAUCACAAAUGAUAGAAAAUUCUCAAGGCGUUCUUAAUUACAAUGAUUCUGACAUGCUUCUUUUAAAAGCAUUAUCAGCUGCCACAACUUCAACUCUUUCCACGGGACUUACCCAUUUGCAAAACUUGCAGUUAGUUUCUGGUGAUAAUUUGGCAAGUGUUAUUCACAAAAUGAGUUCAGAGGAAAACGUAGAUACUACAAACACAGAGAAAAUGUCAGAUUCACCAAUUGAAACAGAAGCACCCGUUGAACAAAAUGCACAAGAGGUUGAGAAAAUGGAAGAAGAAAAAUUAAAAGCCAAAUAUCCUCAAGCUAUGGGUGGCUUUGGCCGACCUGGUGGUCACUCAGCUUUCCUACAGAAGCGAUUGCAGAAAGGUCAGAAAUACUUCGAUUCUGGUGAUUAUCAAAUGGCAAAGCAAAAGACUGGCGGUGGAGGGAUGGCAAAACAAAUUUUUGCGAACAAAGUUUCGACUGGAGAGGCAAUCCCUACUCCAGAUUCUGUUCCUAUCAGAAAGACAUCCAUUAUUCAGCCUUGCAACAAGUUUACGCCAAGCAGUUAAUUUUUCUGUUUACUCUCUGCAAAAAUAUUCAAUGUAAUAAAAAAAAUCACAAAGCAUCGUUGAACAGGAUUAAAAAAGUCAAACAAGUUUAAAUGUUUUAAAAAAAUGUGUUAAAGUUCUUUUUUAAAGCUAAAAAUGGACAACAACGAUAAGAAAAUUAUAUAAGAAAAUGAUCAGCACGAAAGAUAUUUGCAUUUUUAAAGCAAAGGAGUAACAUUCUGUAAAACCACUAAAAGUAAACUUAAGACUACUCCGUCAUUACUAAUCAAACAUUCAUUUACAAUGAUGUGAAAUGUUGAGAGAGUUUCCUUUUUUAAAUUAAUUAAAAUUAAAAUUAUGUCAAUGAUCUGAUAACUUUGAUGUGACAUCCAAUAUCAUUUGUUUAAUUCUUGACGAAUCAAUGAUAAAACAUUUCGUCUCGAAUUAACAUCUUGGACAUUAUCAUUUAAUUAUAACUAUGCACACAUAACACAAAAUUUAAAAGUUUCAACAGUUUAGAUCUCAAUUACUGGGUUGGUUCUUAGUGAUGCGAUGUUGUAUUGUAAAUUUAAAAUAAUUCUGAUCAGAUCAUUAAAUAAAAAUUAAAUAUAGUAGACAAAUGGUUUGUGUUUAUUUCACUUAUUUUGUAUAAAAUAUUUUUAAAAUUUGAUUCUUCUACCAGUCAUUAUUUUCAGCUAAAUCUCUGAAAAGCUUGUCAGUAACGACGGG